AUGAAUGAAAAGAGUUCUUCAGAAUGCCUCAGUACUUUUCCAGCUGAUUUGCCUACAAACAAACUUUCUCCAGACAUAGAGACUCUUGAAGAUGACCCUCCUCACAGCCUCACCCAUUCAACUUCUCAUAUUGAUGGGAUGCUAGAUCCAGUUCCUCCAUAUGACCAAAUCUCCCUUCUACACGAAAUUGCAUUUGUUUUUGUCAUCACAUCGGCUCAGAUUUUCACCCAAGCUUCUGUCGCCCAAACAAUUGUUGCUUAUAGAGCCAUUGGAAAUACCUUUGGCAUCUCUUCAAUUGGAGAGCUGAGUUGGUACAGUUCUGCUUACUCCCUCACUGUUGGUACUUUUAUCCUAAUUGCCGGCCGGCUGGGUGACAUGUACGGCCUUAAACGAAUCUACAUUGCAGGAAUGCUUUGGUUUGCUUUUUGGUCGUUAGUGUGUGGCCUUGUUCACUACUCCAAAUCUUCCAUUUUUUUCUCAGUUUGCCGAGCCCUUCAAGGAAUCGGACCUGCUUUUAUAAACCCCACAGCUGCCGGGAUUUUCGGCUCCUAUUACCCUGUGGGACCUCGUCGGGUUCUUGUCAUGUGUAUUUUUGGUGGAGCGGGUCCAACCGGAUUUACUAUGGGAUCGCUUUUUUCGGGUCUCAUUACCCAGCUUGGAGGUUCUUGGCCUUGGUUUUUUUAUGCAGAAUGCAUCGCAUGUGCUGUUUUUGCCUUGCUCUCCUAUUUCUUCAUUCCUGCAAAUAUUGGCCAUGUUUGGACUACAAAGCAAACUUUUGAUUAUCUUGGAGCAAUCACAGGAGUCUGUGGUCUCAUUCUUUUCAACUUUGCUUGGAACCAAGGCCCCGUUGUAGGCUGGAGCACUCCCUAUGUGUAUGUUUUGCUAAUAGUAGGCGUUCUUUUCCUCGCUCUUUUCCUUUAUGUUGAGCACCGUGUUGAUAACCCCCUUCUUCCACCAGAAACCCUCCGCGGAGAUGCUGGAGCGUUGCUAGGAUGUAUUGCUGCAGGCUGGUCCUGUUUUGGCAUUUGGAUAUAUUAUGUCCACAGAUUUGGGUUUGAGAUCGAGCACAGAACAAUGCUGAAUAUGACGGCACGUCUUUGCUUCAUUUGCAUCGGCGGCGUAUACGCUAGUUUAUUUUGUGCGUAUCUUCUCCCCCGUGUUAAGACUUCUUGGAUUAUGCUUAUUUCCAUGUGUGGCUACUUUUUCGGCAAUCUCCUUACUGUUCUCCGACCAGCCAACCAAAUUUUCUGGGCACAAAUGUUUGUUUCCCUCAUACUCAUUCCCUUUGGAAUGGACAUGAGUUUCCCCGCUGCUACAGUCAUUCUUUCACAAAACCUCCCACAAGAAAAACAAGGUGUUGCUGGUUCUGUAGUUAAUACAGUUGUCAAUUAUUCUAUUUCUAUUGGACUUGGAAUUGCAGCUACUGUGGAAUACUACAGUGAAAAAAAUGGCCAUUCAGAAAAGCAAGUCAUUCGAAAUGCUCAAUGGACAGGAACAGGUCUCGGAGGACUCGGAGUCCUAAUAGCAGCUGCAUUUGUUUUUAACCAGGUCAUCUGGUCAAGGAAAAAGAAAGAAGAAAAAUAA